AUGAUAGCUCUUCAGCAAGUUCGUAGAAAUGUGAUCUUCGUCAGCGAUGCAACGGCGAGCGAGAAUGCUAUAGAGGAAACGCGAAAGCAGUCUGCCAGCAUAUUCUUACAAAACUUGGAUAGGAUUUCCAAGAUGGGAAUCUUGGAUGAUACAGUUGAUAUCGAGUUUAAGGAUAUGGAAGGACCAGACUCCACGUUCAAUUCUUUUUUAAAAACAUCGAAAGGCGAGGAAUUUAUAAAAACGAACCAACGUAGGAGUACAGUCGCUGAUCGUAAAUCCAGUAUAUUUAUAUCGAGCGUUCCAGCUACAGGCACAAUUACGCAUGACAUAAAACGUAAGUGGUUACGCAUAGAUGAAAACGAGACAUCUGUCGAACACCUAUCGGCCGGGAGCACAUCUUCAAAGAGAGAAGGCUCAGAAAAUAUCGGGGUGCAAAGUAUGCAGAUGGAUGUACCGCCAAUUGAUUCUUUCACGCCGCUGGAGGCCGCUGCUAUUUCGUGCGUGUUGCAAGAAUUUCUUGAGCAACUCGCCACGUUCGGCUUCGUGAUACCGGCCGACGUCGAUCCGCGCUGGGACGACACGUUCAAGACGAUCGACGAGACGUACGGGGUACCCGACGAGCCUAGAACGAUCUUUAGAGAAGACAUGGACUUGUUACCGCUGAUACCUACCGCGAGUGAAAAAAUGCAGAGAGACAGGAACUAUUUGCAGAAGGUUCUCAAAAGAAUCUUUCGUGACGUGAGGUACAGCCGAAGAUUCGACACUCUGCAAGAGGAAAUUAAUAAUAUCGCGAAGAAGCAAGAAGACGAGCAUAAUCUCGAGGUGAACGCGCAAAUAUGGCGUAGCCAAGCCGAGCAACUUCGGGAGUUGUUGGAGUCCGAUAAAAAGGCGAACGAAGAAGACAGAAAGGAGACCACAAAUCUCGCUCAGGAAAGCGACGCGCAGGUCGAUCAUGCGAUAUUCUUGAACAGCGCAAAACUAAGUUACGCGGAAAGAUGGGCAAAGGCUAGAUUAGAACAACAGGAUCUCAAACUGAAGCUGCAAAAGACGGAUAUACUGAACAAGCUGAGCAACUACACGAAGAAAUAUAGCGCCGAAGAAAUUGUCUCGGCGGAGAUAACCGCUUACUUAGAAGCAGAUAUAAAGGAUAAAGAAGAGCAAGUAAUCGAGUGGACGAAAAGAUACAACGAGGAAAUCGUGUUACGACAGCAGGAGAUAGAUAAGCUGAAGGAUACUUCAGAAAUCUAUUUUUAUCCGCGGUAGAUAGAAAUAGAAAAACAGAAAUUUGACAUAGAAGAAAUGCGCGCUUUGAGAGACAAACGACAAGAAUUUAUCGAUGAGUGCAUCGCUGAAGAGAAGAGAAUUCAGGAAGAGACGAGGUAUCAAGAGAAGCUGAAUAAAGCCGCGACUAUUAUUCAGACAAUAUGGAGAAGUUACAUGGCACGGCAUAAAUUAGGGAAAUACAAGGAUUUAAAAAAACAUAUGAAGAUUGGUAAAAAAUCGAAAAAACCAAAAAAAGCGGCCGAUAAGAAGAAAAGAUGAGAAGUAUGCUCGACUCUAGAAAGUUCGAAGAAAAAAGGCCUUGAUGCCUGAGCAAAUGAGAGAUUUGAUAUUUUGAUAUAUUUAUAACUCGCAUUUCGUUGAAGAAAGAUUCCGCCUUUUAUACACACUAUCAUAUAUACAUAUAUAAUG